AUGGGGUUAGCUCGAGCAUUCACUCUUCAAUCAAGAAAUAUACAUGAGUUCAAACAAGGAUCUCUGAAAUCAGAUAAUCGACAGUUUACAUACACUGAAAUUGUAAGUAUUACCAAUAACUUUGAAACUGUUGUUGGGAAAGGAGGAUUUGGAACAGUGUACCACGGUAAACUGGAUGAUGGAAUGCAAGUUGCUGUCAAAAUGCUUUCUUCUUUCUCAGCUCAAGGGUCAUAACAGUUUCGAACCGAGGCUCAGCUGUUGAUGCGUGUUCAUCAUAAAAACUUAACUACUGUCGGAUACUGCCAUGACAGUACUAAUUUUGGGAUUGUCUAUGAGCACAUGUCUUAUGGAUACUUAGAGCAGUAUCUAUCAGCUGAAGCAAAUCAAGUAUUGAGUUGGAAAGAGAGACCCCAAAUUGCAGUUGACGCAGCACAAGGGCUAGAAUACCUGCAUCGUGGGUGCAAUCCACCAAUAAUCCACAGAGAUGUGAAGAGUGCAAAUAUUUUACUGAAUGAAAAAAUACAAGCAAAGAUUGCUGAUUUUGGGUUCUCAAAAUUCUUUCCAGUUGAAAGUGGCAACCAUUUAUUGACUUCAAUUGCUGGUACAGUGGGAUAUUUAGACUCAAAAUACUAUUCAUCUGGGAGGUUAAUGGAGAAAAGUGAUGUAUACAGCUUUGGUGUGGUUCUAUUGGAGCUAAUUACGGGACAGCCUGCAGUGAUACAAACCCAUGAAAACACAAACAUAACAAAAUGGGUGAGUUUGUUUAUGGAGAAAAAAGAUAUCAGAAGGAUAAUUGAUCCGAGACUGGAAGAGAAUUAUGAAAUGAAUUCAGUGUGGAAAGCUUUGGAGAUAGCCAUGUCAUGUGUACCUUCAACUUCAAUCCAGAGGCCACCUAUGAACCAUGUUGUGAUUGAGUUGAAUGAGUGUUUGGAGACUAAAAUAUCUCGUGACAUUACAUCAUUUACCUCUUUUGAUAUCAUCCCUCUUAAUCUCGGUGUUGAAAUUGGUCCUCAGGCUCGAUAG